GCAGAAUUCUUUCGUCUCUUUUUAUUGUUUAGUUCAUGAGCUACCUUGAAGAUCCUGAAGACAUCAUAAGCCAAUGUUUACGGGAGAACGAUCCCAUUCAAGAGAUCUACAGUUCCCUCAAGAGCUUUAUGCAGUUGGAUAUUCGACCUGAAUUCUGCUCAACUUUAUUUGUACCCACUAUUCAUCAUGCAGCUAAAAAUGCUCAGUCAGCAAGUCAAAUUACAAUAUAUAGCAAAGUACUUGAAGAUCUAUACAAUUAUGUAUUAAGAGACGAUCCUUCUGACGAUAAAUUCUUGACAGAAGCAAACCAAACAAUCAAAGAGCUUGCGUCUAUACUGAGAAAAGACAAGAUCAAAUUCAAAUAUUUCGCUGAAUUACAGAGCCUUUAUCCGCUUAAAAUAAUGAGUUUAUUGGACAUCAAUAUUCAUUUUAUCUCAACACUGAUUGUACAAAAUCGUAUUCUUAUGUCUGAUCCAGUCAUUACAACAGUCUGGAAUUUGGUUUCUUUUGUACUUGCCCAUCUUAUUAAACUUCAUUAUCAGUCAGAAACCUUGAUCAAGGCUUCGCUUGAUUUAAUUGUAGUCUGUAUCCAAGAGCGCUUACUUGUUUGCCCUGACAAUUGGGCUUUGGGAACACAUUUAGAAAGCCUGUUGCUUCUGUGGGAUCAAGGUAACUUAUUGGAGGAUCAUAAAGACAAGAUAGCCAUUGCUAUUUCGAGUCUGGUUGCAUUCAGUCCAUCCAAUCAUGAAGGCGAUAUAAUCCAUCUCGCUUCUUUAGCACGCUCUUUGAUUGCUAAAGAGUUACCCAACUGCAAUUAUAUUCGAGCACAAGCAUUGUAUUAUACACUCUGUAUGCUGACAAAGAAUUCAAUUCAAUUUAUGGAUCAAAUUGAGUCACAGUCAUCUUUAGGCAUCAUGAAAGAUAAAAUAACUAUGCUCCUGAUGUCCAGCCAUCCUCCUCUUAAUUCACAAGCCAUGGAUAUUGACCAAGAUGUCUCAGGAACAGCAGCACUUUUGCGGUCUGAUCUACUGAAUGGAAACGUACGCAAUAGAGUCCAGACGAUUGUUAAUCAUCUGACAAGCACACAAACAAAAGAUGAUCAGAACCAUAAUCUGAUUGAACAGAUAAGAGAAAUCAGCAUACAAACAGGCAAUACAGAUGUCUCUGUCUUGUUUUAUUCACAAAUGAAACAAAUCGUUCAAUUUGUUACUCGUAUCUUGUCUGUGGAUUCUGAUCUUGCUGGUAACAUUUCAGAGUUGUUUGGCUAUGACAUACCCCAGUUCUUGUUACAUAAUAUGCAUUUUGCACUGUACUAUGCAAUCACUUGUCACGAUCAGCAUGUCCUGGCCAAUCUUGCCUUGGCAUUGGAAACAAAGGUUGUCACUCUUUGCCAACAGAAUGGACAUCAUAUCAUUAUCGCACUUACUAUGGAAGAAGAUCAAACAGUGGCUCAGUCUGUUAUUGAACGUCUGAUUAAAAUUCUUCGAGUGAAAGAACCUAUUCGACAUUUGGCACAAAAACACAUGACCAAAAUCACAAUUAGCCUGGCCAUGAAUUUAGGGGAUGUGAAGCAGAAACAGAAGGCUAUUGAUGCUUUACGGAACAUGAGCCACAUUACGAAUGUGAAGUUGUCUGAGCAUCUUUCGCUAUAUAUGCUUGGUAUCUUGGAAAAAGUCAAUGGCUAUAUUUCUACUAAAAGAAAUGGUAAUCAAAAGAUUCAUUAUCCUUUUGCAUUAGAAUCAAUGAUUGAAAUCAUGGUUCUGCUUGAUGAAAAACUAGAGAAUUAUAUACUGCAUUUGAUCAAAUUAUUUCAAGGUGUCAACAAAUUGUCUGGCAUGCAAUCACAAGCAUUAUCAUUAUGGACCAUGUUUAUCAGCUGUGUGACGAAAAACAUAUUAGCGCAGCAUUUGAAUACAAUCACACAGAGUUUGAUUGACUUGUUUCGAGUCUCUGAAGCCAAGAUACGUCAAAAGGUCAUACAAACACUUGAAGAUUUAUUAGUUACAGGAUAUACAUUUGAAGCAAAUCAAUAUUCAAACUUGCCAUUAUUACCUCAGUUUAAAGAAUUCAACGCUUUAAAGCAACAUAUUAAAGUUAAGGCUACAUCUGCAAACCCACAAACACUCUAUAAGCAAGAACUAGAGCACAUCCUGAAAGAUCUUUGUGAAGCAGAUGAUAUGCCUAUUCAAAUCGCAUUAGACAAGUUACAAAAACUAUUGACAGACUAUCCAAAUGAAAGUCUGCACCUGGAAACGCUUUAUUCUCGAUUGCUCUAUAUCCUGCACAAGUACGCAACCCAUAAACCUAUUUCUCUUAAAGCUGCCAUUUGCCUUGGUAAACUAGGGGCUUUGGAUCCUGGCCUGAUCAGUGUAUCUACCAUUGACGAUACAGUGUUUAUCAUGAACAACUUUAGACGAGAAGAUGAAGUAGGCGAGUUUGUAUGUGACUUGAUUACCAAUUAUCUUUAUCCUGCCCAUAAUGCUUCCAACGAUAACAACAUGCGUGCAUGUAUUGAAUAUGCUAUCAAGCCUCUUUUAGAUUGUGCUAGAUUUCAGCCUAUCGAAAAUAUGACAAAGUCAGAUGAACGAGUCAAUCCUGCUGCUUAUCGAUGGCGAAAACUACCUAAUUCAAUUCAACAGUUCAUAGCACCAUUCUUUGUGGCUGCAUAUGAAGCCACAUGGGAAACGCAUACAAGUGCAUAUCCUAUCUUUGCCAAAGCACAGAAUUUUAAGGGCUGGCUACAAGCUUGGUUUCUUCGCAUGGUCCAUAGUUCAGAAGGUGUGGCUAAAGAAGUCUUUCAGGCGUUUAUACCGAUUGUCAAAUCCAAUAUGCUAGACAUCACUCGCCAUUUGAUCCCAUACUUGGUUUUGCAUAACUUGCUUUCUGGCUCUCCUGAAGAUAUACGGGGUAUUAUUGAUGAAUUGAUGAAUGUGAUUCAUGUCAAUGCCAAUUUGAAUCCUCAUCAUGACCUGGGUAAAAACACAUUCAAUCAUUAUGCUCUGCAAGUCUGCGUAGAAACAACAGAGUAUUGUCGUAAAUGGCUGAACCGUGUAGGACGCAACGACCUGGAAAAAGAAAGCCAAGUCAAACGUAUCAAUACUUUUCUACAAGAGAUACCUCGAAGAGAUAUGGGUAUUGCUGCUUUCCAUACCAAGGCUUAUCCUCAAGCAUUAAUGCAGUUUGAGACAUUUAUCAAGGAAAAGAAGAACGGCCAACUGGAUCAUGAUAUCAUGGAUUAUCUAAGACAGAUCUAUAUUCAAAUUGAAGACCCUAUUGACCUUAAGGUUUUAAUGGAUACCUAUACCACUGUGCUUACUUUAGAUGAGCGUAUUACUCGCUAUGAGUCUUUAGGAAGAUGGGAUCAAGCACAAGUAUUGUACAAGGGAAAGAUCCGUGAAAAGGAUUCGGAUUUAUCAGCCUAUAUGGGCUAUAUGGAGUGUCUAAGAAAAUCAGGAAGUUAUGACAAAAUGAUUUAUGAGGCUGAUACGAUGCUUCAUGAUUUACCUCGUUGGCUUCCCAACAUUAAUUCAUAUAAGAUUGAUGCAGCCUGGCGUUUACAAAACUGGGAUAAGCUCGACCAAACGGUAUCUUUGCCUAUACAUCGUGAUAUACCUGCACUGAUAGGCUGUAUCUUGAAUGAUAUGCGUAAAAAGAAUUACACAGAUGCAGCAUCUUGCAUUGAAGAGGCUCGUUAUAAAGUAAUUGAACAGCUUACUAUCUCUCAUAGCAAAUCUUAUCGUAAAUCAUAUCCUCUUUUGUUUGAUUUACAAUUGUUGCAAGAACUCGAAGAAUCACAAAAAAUUUGGGAGCUUACUGACCCUACUGAAGACCUAAACAAACUUGAACAACGAUGGAAAAAGACAUUUAAGAACAUCAUACCUCAUGCUCAAUAUCAACUCAACCUGUUACAGCUACGUAAAGCUGCUUAUUUUGAUAUUCGACCCACGAAUCAAUUCAGUGUCAAUGCUCAUCAAACAUGGCUGGCUAUUGCUAAAAUUAACCGCAAAGCGGGGAACAUGACAUUAGCUGCAGAUGCCAUUCAGCAAGCAGAAGAACAAAGUAAACAAACCCUCUAUCGUGAUAGAGCCAAAUGGCUUUGGAAAGAUGGAUAUCCUAAAGAAGCAGCAGAAUUAUUGCUUUCCAAGAUCAAUCAUGGUGGUGUGGGAUUUGAAGAAGCACUUUUAUAUGUUGAAAUUGAUUUAGAAAAUGAUCUCGAAGGAGACGCCAAGAGUAUGGUCAAGAUCAUCAAUCGAGAAGGGCAGUUUGAUGGCGAAAAAGCUGAAAAAGCUAACCAUAAUUGUGUCAAGUGGUAUGCUAAGCGACUAAAAGAAACUCAAGAUAAAUUUGUCGAAGUAAAUAUCAAAGCCUAUCUUGUGAAAAGAUCUAUCAGUGCACUUGAAUUUGGGUCCAAGUAUUAUUAUAGCUCUAUGUCUACUUUGUUAAAUUGCUGGUUUGAAGUGGCUACAUUAGGCAGUGAGAUCAAGAGCGAAUCACCCAAUAUGGCCCCUGAUAUUACCACAAAGAUAAAGGAAGUAAACGAAAUCAUGCACAGGAUAACUAUCUCUGUUCCUUUAUUUCAAUUUAUUUUAUUUUUGCCAAGAUUUAUUUCUAAUCUCUCAAUUGAUAAUGAUAUGGUUGCAGCAUCUCUCAUGAAAAUAAUUCUUGAAGUUUUUGCUGCUUAUCCUCGAAACACAAUUUGGCUUAUGCUAGGUGCUUUAGAGUCACCUAUUACCAAAGUAAGAACACGAAUCAAGCAAAUCUUUCAAAAAGCCAAAGAAAAAUACAGCCAUACAGUUAUACCUUCUAUCAUUCUCCAAGCAUUCAAGUUGCGAGAAGCUCUGCAUGAUUUAUCCGAAUUCAAUUUUGACCCUAAAUCAAAUUUGGGCUCAAUUGACAUGGCCACGUUUGGAACAGGAUCUUUAUUGCCUCUUCGUGAUCUUGAUCUUUAUAUGCCAAGAGAGAGUUGUAUGUUACCAACACAGCCUGAAGUCAUCAAAAAGUCAGAUAGAAACUUUGAUCCUUUUCCAAGCAAUUUGCCAACAAUUGCACGAAUUGAGCACAAGAUAUUAGUGAUGCGUUCUCUACAAAUGCCAAAACGUAUCACGAUUGUAGGUUCUGAUGGUAAGCUGUAUAAAUUCUUGGUCAAGAAAGAAGAUGAUCUUCGUAAAGAUGCUCGAACCAUGGAAUUUAGCAAUAUGAUCAAUACAUUCCUUCGAAAGAAUCCACAGGCUCGUGAUAGUGGUUUAUACAUUAGAACAUUUGCCGUAGUUCCUUUAGGGCAUCGAUGGGGUUUGAUUGAAUGGAUUGAUAACUUGAAUGCUUUGAAAGCCAUUGUCAACGAUUACUGGGUAUCAGAAGGACAUGCUUCUGUAAAUUCUAUUGGUGCAAAACUCGAAAAGAUCAAGCUGGGCCGAGUGCCCGAAAAACUUCAAGUGUUUGAGAGAUGCUUAGCAAAUUCUCCUUCUGUAUUCUAUAAAUGGUUCUUGAAAAACUUUCCUGAACCUAAUCAAUGGUUAAACAGCAGAACAAGAUACAUAAAAACAUUGGCUGUUAUGUCUAUUGUUGGUUAUUGUAUAGGUCUGGGUGAUCGACACGCUGAAAAUAUCAUGUUUGAUCAAACGAACGGUGAUUGUGUACAUGUUGACCUCAACAUGUUAUUUGAGAGUGGUUCAGGACUUCCUACGCCUGAAAUUGUACCAUUUCGUCUCACACAUAACCUGGUAGAUGCUUUAGGUGUGCUAGGAUAUAAAGGCAUCUUUCAACAUACAUGCGAACUUACACUUCAAGUCCUGCUUAACAAUCGUGAAGCUUUACUGGCAGUGUUUGAGACUCACAUCAAUGAGAUUGAAAGUGCUCGAAAUAAUGGUUCAAGAAAUAUAUUGCGCGUUUCUGGAAGUAAAGCAACACAAGACAUGAUUCGAUUAAGGACAAAGUUUGAUACAAAACCUGAACAAAUCAAUAGUGAAGUGAACCGGUUGAUUAAAGAAGCAACAAGUAAAGAAAACCUUUGUCAAAUGUAUCAUGGCUGGGCUCCAUUCAUCUAACAAAAAAAGGUGCAGUUUAAAGAAAUAAAAGAAAAAGCUUUUUUUU